AUGCUAGAAGGGUCAGCAAAAAAAGUGGAGAAAGCAUUGCUAGAAGUACUAGAAAUAACAAUAUUCCAGAAUUUUAAAGAAAAUAGUAAAUUUAUUAAAGAUUAUCUUAACUAUGUAAAAAAAAUGCAAUUGGCAGAAAAUCCUGAUGAAUAUGCUAAAUAUAUUGCAAGAAAACUGAUUUCAGAUGAAAUAUCAUAUAAUAUAAGAAUAAAAAAAGAAGAAAAUGUGAAAUAUCUAAAGAGAAUACAAAAGGAUUAUUCAAGAACUUCUUAA